AUGAAGCUCAACUUGGCGGCGUACGCCCUCGCCAGCUCCGGCCUUGCCGCUGCUUCAAACUCCUUUGCAGGAUCCAGCUUGUACUUCCUUCCUGGCCUCUCAGCUUCGGACCAAGCCAACUACAUCAACACUCUUGCCAGCUAUGGAGCCAAAGUUGUUCGCGUCUGGAUCAACGGACUUGGUACCGGCUGUGUUAAAGGCAGCAACGUGGUCACCAGCAUUUCCGAGUUUGAGACAACCAUCGGAACCUACAACUGGAACUCCCUGGCAGCAGUCGACAAGGUUCUCGCCCAGUUGGCUGCUAAGGGAAUGAAGGCCAUCAUCUCUCCUCAUGAUGGCAAUGACAUCCACGACGGCAGUGUCUCAGGCAACGGCUGCGACAUCUACUGCCACACCUACGGGACUUCGUUCUACAGCAACUCCCAGGCUCAGGCUCAGUACGAUGCUCGUAUCAAGGCCAUCUUGACUUACAAGUCCCCGAGCAGCGGCCUCGCAUGGGGAAACUGGUCCGACGCCAUUCUCGCCUUUGAUCUCGAGAACGAGCCCUUCCAGUUUACCUCUGACGGCGCCAACAAUGACCCCUCCAACUGGCUCUGCAACAGAGCCGCAAACUUCAAGAAGUACAUCACCGACUCCAACAUCAAGGUUGCAACCGGAGGCAUUGGCGGAGACCAGAGCCACGGCCACACCAUGCUCGCCAAGGCUUUGUCCUGCCCGAGCAUCGAUCUCAUGAGCGUCCAUGCCUACGUCGGCUCGGCGUCGACCUGGGGUGCCAUCAUGCCCGGCUUUGAAGCCAGUGCUGCAGCCAACAACAAGCUGGUCUACAUUGAGGAAUGGGGAGUGGCGACAAGUUACCCCUCCGACUUCAACGACCAAUCCGCUGCCAUCAAUAACAUCGCCUACCCAUGGAUCUACUGGCAAAUGAUCCCAGGUGACGACGGCACCGAGUCCUGCAACAGCGGCUGCUGCACCGGCUACGACGGCUUCGAAGUCGGCUUCAACAGUGGCAAGGGAAAUCUGCAAUACGCCAUCUCGCAAGCAAACACCAAGACCACCAAGCAGGAUUGGAGCUUCGUCGGUGCUCCUCCGAAUGGAGGAGGCUCUGGAGGAUCUAGCCCUCCUACUGGCGGCGGCGGCGGCAGCGGCAGUGGAUAUCCCGCUGAUACCUGCACCUGGGGCUGCGAGGGCUGGGACUGUAGCAGCUCUUCUCCAUGCCAGUCGGCCUACUCUUGUGUCGGCGGAUACUGCAAGAACUGCACCUGGGGAUGUGGUGGUUGGAACUGCAGCGCUUCUCAGCCUUGCAACGCCGAUUAUACUUGUGUCAGCGGCGUCUGCCACCACUCUGGGCCAGCAACCUAA